UUUACUAUCCCACAAUGCAGCGGGCGAUGCCCAAGGAAAGAUGGCUGAGGGAGGAGCGGCUGAUCUGGACACUCAGAGAGGAGAGAUCACAGCGCUGCUCAAGACGCAGCUCCGGAGAGGGGAGACGUGGUACUUAAUAGACAGUCACUGGUUCAAGCAGUGGAAGAAAUAUGUGGGCUUUGACAGCUGGGACAAGUAUCAGAUGGGGGAUCAGAAUGUCUACCCCGGACCGGUGGACAACUCGGGUCUCCUUAAAGAUGGCGAUGUACUUGCCAUUAAAGAGCAUCUUAUCGACGAGUUGGACUACAUCCUCGUGCCCACUGAGGGCUGGAAUAAGCUAGUGAGCUGGUACGGUCUGACCGAUGGCCAGGAACCCAUCGCCCGGAAGGUGGUGGAGCAGGGAAUGUUCGUGAAGCACUGCAAAGUGGAGGUCUACCUCACUGAGCUGAAACUAUGUGAAGACAGCAACAUGGACAAUGUUGUCACUAGACGCUUCAGCAAAGCUGAUACAAUAGACACUAUUGAAAAGGAGAUGCGAAAACUGUUCAGCAUUCCUGAUGAGAUGGAGACCAGGUUGUGGAACAAAUACAUGACCAACACGUUUGAGCCUCUGAACAAACCGGACAGCACCAUUCAGGAUGCUGGGCUCUAUCAGGGGCAGGUUCUAGUUAUAGAGCAGAAGAAUGAGGAUGGAACGUGGCCUCGCGGUUCCUCCACGCCAAAGUCAUCUGGUGCUUCCAAUCUCUCUGCUUUACCAAAGAUCUCCCCUACAUCUCUCACAAACAAUCAUAACAGCAGCUUCAGCAGCAGGAAUGUGAAAAACUCUACUUACAGCCUUCCGUCCUACCCGCCCUAUAACAGCUAUGAAUAUUCAGACCAGAGCCGGCACAGUGAGAAAGCAGGCCUGUGUGGCCUCUCCAAUUUGGGGAACACCUGCUUCAUGAACUCUGCAACACAGUGUUUAAGCAAUAUUCCUCCGCUCACUGAGUACUUCUUGAAGGACAAGUACCAGGAUGAACUGAACGAGGAUAACCCGUUAGGGAUGAAAGGAGAAAUCGCCAAGGCUUAUGCUGAGCUUAUCAAGCAGCUCUGGUCCGGCAAAUACAGCUACGUCACCCCUAGACCUUUUAAAACCCAAGUGGGACGCUUUGCCCCUCAGUUCUCAGGCUACCAGCAGCAGGACUCUCAUGAGCUGCUGGCUUUUCUGCUAGACGGCCUACACGAAGACCUGAACCGCAUCAGGAAGAAGCCCUACAUCCAGCUCAAAGAUGCUGACGGACGGCCAGAUAAGGUAGUAGCAGAGGAGGCAUGGGAGAACCACAUCAAGAGAAACGACUCUAUUAUCGUGGACAUCUUCCAUGGCCUCUUCAAGUCCACCCUGGUCUGCCCCGUGUGCUCUAAGAUCUCUGUGACCUUUGACCCUUUCUGCUACUUAACGCUUCCUCUCCCCAUGAAGAAGGAGCGGACGCUGGAGGUCUACCUGGUGCGGUUGGACCCCCUUGCGAAACCCACGCAGUAUAAGCUGACAGUGCCCAAAGUGGGCUACAUCUCUGACCUCUGUGCUUCUUUAUCUGUCCUGUCUGGAGUUGCUGCUGAAAAGAUGAUUGUCACUGAUAUCUACAACCACCGGUUCCAUAGAAUUUUUGCCACCAAUGAGAACCUGAGCAGUAUAAUGGAAAGGGAUGAUAUAUAUGUGUUUGAGGUGGCAGUUAACCGUCUAGAAGACACAGACCAUGUGGUGAUCCCUGUGCAUCUUCGAGAGAAAUAUAAGCAGUCAGGUUAUAACCACACUAGUACCCCACUGUUUGGGCAGCCCUUCCUCAUAACCGUCCCUCGAACACUCAGUGAGGAGAAAUUCUACAACCUGCUGCUUCUCCGUCUGUGUCGUUUUGUGCGCUCAGCCCUGGAAGAAGAGGAGUCUGAUGAGACUCAUUCGUCCAAGCAGCAUGCCAUCAACGGGAACGCCACCAACGGUAUACUGGAGGAGGGCUCGCCCAGUGAAAUGGAAACUGACGAGCAGGAUGAUGAGUCCAGUCAGGACCAGGAACUUCCUUCUGAAAAUGACAACAGUCAGUCAGAGGAUUCAGUGGGCGGGGACAAUGACCUGGAGAACGGGGUCGGCCCAGAGAACUCGACCAAAGGCCAGCAGCAGGUCACGGGCCACAAAAAGCGACUUUUCACAUUCCAGUUCAAUAAUAUGGGCAAGACUGACUUGAGCUUCAUUAAAGAGGAACCGCGGCAGAUCCGAUUUGAUGAGGGACACCUUCGACUCAGCGACAGAUCAUAUCUCUCUUUGGACUGGGAACCAGAGAUUAAGAAGAAGUAUUUUGAUGAAAGUGUAGCUGAAGACUUUGAUAAGCAUGAGAGCAUGGAAUAUAAACUUCAGAAAAAGGCCUUCUUCAAACUGAAAGACUGCAUUGAACUGUUCACUACCAAAGAGAAGUUAGGAGCAGAGGACCCAUGGUACUGCCCAAGCUGCAAGCAGCACCAGCAAGCGACUAAGAAGCUUGAUCUGUGGUCCUUACCUCCAGUAUUGGUGGUCCAUCUGAAGCGCUUCUCUUACAGCCGCUACAUGAGGGACAAACUGGACUCGCUGGUGGACUUCCCACUUCAUGAUCUGGACAUGUCAGAGUUCCUCAUUAACCCUAACGCUGGGCCAUGCCGCUAUGACCUCAUUGCGGUUUCCAACCACUACGGAGGAAUGGGAGGAGGACACUAUACUGCCUAUGCCAAAAACAAAGACGAUGGCAAGUGGUACAACUUUGACGACAGCAUCGUAUCUCCAGUCAGUGAGGAUCAGAUUGUGUCCAAAGCGGCAUACGUACUGUUCUACCAGCGUCAGGACACAGUGAAGGGAACUGGCUACUUUGCCUUGGACCGUGAGGAUGCAGAGGAGCAGGAGAGCGCGUCAGCACAAGGAGCCAACGCCCUGAGUGACGAAGACGAAGAGGAGGAAGAGGAGGACCUCAACGACAACGAGCAGGACGAGGAGCUGGAGCCGAACCACGACAUCACCAUGAACACCCACUGAGCUUGGACAGACAUGGGCAGGAGGCGGCGGCGGCAGGUGGUGGGGGUCAUCCGAAGCCAUAUCGGGAGUGAGCUGAGCGGUCAGUCCGGAGAGUCCAGUCCAGAUAGCCGUCCUCCAUCUCUGCUUCAGCAGUACCUGCGACUACCGGCGAGAGCAUGGUGUCGCAUGCACAGGCGGGAAUCAGGCUGGGCCGACCAAUCAGGGCCUUGUUUUAAUGGCCAAUGUUGCAGGUUGAUGCUUUUUUCCCCUCUUUUUUGUGCCCCUCUCCCACUCUUUCCCAUUUUUCAUUUGUUCGUUUUUUUUCCCCUCACUACAUGGCUUUACUCCUCCACUCCUCAGUGAAAUGUGCCCUGGGAGUCCUGAUGGUGGGGGAAUAAGCAGAAAAAAAACGGAUUUGUGGGAAGUUGAAAUACACACAAUACCUGAAAACGCUCAGCACGGCGAGUGUCGCUCCUUGGAUUUUCCUCUUGGUAGAUUUUUUAAAAAAGAAGUAUAUAUAUAUUGCAGAGUGCAAGAGAGAUGCAUUUAUGCAUUCAUGAGUAGUGUUUUACUUUUAUCAUCGUUUUUGCCUUGUACAUAAUUUUGGAUGGACAGCAAACCUCUGGGUUUUAAGGAUAUUGAACAUUUGUGGACUGUUUUGUUGCACAAACACUCGUUCGUUUUUUUAUAGCUAGUAUUAGUGCCACGCAUACUGCAGAGUUUACGCCUAACCAGUGUCCCCUCGAUCAGCUGCUUAACUCGCUGCCUUUAAAAGUGGUCGCAAAUGCCAUCCACAGGCAGAUCCACUGGUGUGAGAUGAAAUAAGAAGAGUACUACAGUAAUAUGUCGUGUACCAUUUAUGGUGAGUUGAUUUUAGGGUAACUUAAGUCUGGCGCAUAACGGUCUCCGGACCCCUCGUCUUUCAGCUACUUCAGAAAACCAAACGCUUUGGUUACAACAGGUGUGACUCGGCCCAUAGCUUUAGCGUCGCUUCGGGAUUUAUUAAAAUGAAGCCUCAUUCUUCUUCACCUUCUCAUCAUAGAGGCUUUUUCUUUUUUAAAUAUUGAGAUUAUGAACAUUUUGGUGAUGCAAUAGAUUUCCCGUCUUUGGUCUCCAUCACCUCGGCCUUAAAUCUAAUCUCAGACUGUUGCCUUUACUUUGCACAAUUCACAAUUAUUUUAUCAUCACACUGUCGUCUGUCUAUGACCCCCCCGCUCCUCACCUCACUAAUACAUAACCAUAAUGCACACUAGCACCUAAUCACACACAUAAACACACACAGGCUUAUAAACGCAUGCGCACAAACGCAAUUCUGACUUCUACCUUAAGCCCUAACUUAAACACUCUUAAGAAAUAAAAGGUGCUACAUGAGCGAUGCCACAAAAGUGCCACUUUUUUAUUCUAUAAAGAACUGAAAUUCUACCACUAACUGCACUGGUGGAGUAUAAUUAUGCAGUAUAAUUAAUUAAUUAAUUGUGUUUUAGUUGUAUAUUUAACCAAUGUGAUUCUCCAAAGAAUUGACGUGUAUGUUCCUCUCAGCAACACCGUAGCAGCCACUUGUUAAAACCAAGCAACCAACUUUGAUAUCAUUCUAACCACCUAGUAACCACUUACCUGCACUGUAAUCUGGGAGCUACACCAUAGCAGCCAGUACAGCUAAUUAUGGGAUUUAACAAGAGGAUAUUUGAUCUAGCGUUUUAUCAACUCCAUUGCAGCCGCCUAGGAACACCACAGCAAAAAGCUUAUAUACCAUUUUAACAGGGACCUAAUAAACUUGAACACCAUUGCAGGCAGGGACAUUUAGCAAAUUGGUAGAAACAACCUAGGAUAGCAUAUCAGCCACAUAGCAACCACCAUAGAUACUGUAUCAACCCCUUUACAAGUCUCUUCCAACCACCUUGCAACACCACAAAAACCAACUUUGAUACCACUGCAGCUACCCAGUAACCACUUGCUUAUCACGCAAAACUAUAGAAACAACAGGAAAUACCAUAUUAACCACUAAUCUACACCACAGCAGCCAGUACAGUUAAUUUUAUUUUUUUGAUGAAUGUUUAAGAUUUAACAGCAGCACAUUUCACAUUUCAUUAAUGUCAAUAGUGAAUUUCUGCCACUUAGGAACACCACAGCAACUAUUUUAAAUACCAUUGUAUUUAACCACCAGAGAUACCAUAUAAACCACGUUACAACACUCUUCUUGCUGAUGUGGCAUUAUUUCCAGAUUGUUGGUACAGUUAAUUAUGCUUAGUUUCACAGUGUGGCUCCUGAUUUUCUUUUCGAACCAAGCAGGGAAACACCUCACACGCACGCCCCUUUAACGAAAAUGGUUCUUCAUGGAAGCAAAAGUGGUUCUUCUGUGGCGUCACUCAAACAACCCUCAGUGUAGACCCUUUCUUUAUAAGAGUGUAGGCGCUGACUGACUGCUGUAAUCAGACAGAAAUGAGCCACUUCUCAGACUGGCGUCCAGAAUGUAUUAGAAUAAAGCUUGGAUUCGCCUGAAUUUGGAUAGAUGCCUUCUUUAAGUGUAGGGGAGUGAGAAGUGAGUCGCUUUUCUUUCUUUUGCCUUUAUUUUCUUUUGGUUGAAUGUGUUUUCUCGGGGUCUCGGGUGGAACAUCACAGAUCAUUUUCAUUGCCUUUUAUAUUAGCUAUAUAAAAAGCGGGGGUUCUGCUGUACGUGUCUUCUGUGUGGUGGGGUGAGACGGGGCGGGAUGGGAUGGGUGGGACAGUGGCCACAGGGACAAUCAGACUGCGUGAGACUGAUUGCAUAGGCUUUAUAAAUACUGUAUAUAAGAGUUCACUCUGUGAGUGCACAUUUGAUAAAUUUAUUUAUUUAUAUGUAAGCAAACCAAUGUAUUUAAGACCACAGGAAGACAGAAUAAGUACGGUGGGGGGGCUUCCAGUCCGGCCGUGUGAGCGAACGUGGCUGGGCUUGAAGUCUGCUGAAGGAUGCUCUUAUCACCUGGAGUUUUUUUUCUUUCCUAAAGGUUCAUUAGGACAUCCUUGCAUGAUGACGGGGGAUACAGCGUUUGGCUGCACUUGAGUUCACUUGGGUUUACAUUUGAAAUGUGCAUGUGUAUUUAUAUACAGACUUCAAUAAAGUUGUGUAAAGCCUUUU